AUGUACAUUGCGGUUGCUUUAGAUGGAAAUCAUGAAACCCUACUUAUAGUAGUUGCUUUGGGAACCAUAAACUGUGAUGAGUCAUGGGUAUGGUUCAUGAGAAGGUUGAAAGAAUGUUUAGGUGACAAUAUGGAAGUUGGUUUCAUAAGCCAUAUGUCUGACUCUAUAGACUUCGCAGUACAGAGAGUAUAUCCUGAUUCACAUCAUGGUUAUUGUUGUAAAAAUAUAGCUGAGAAAAUAUGGGCUUCCACCGGAAACAAUAUAGUUGUGGAGCAGUUGUUCUGGAAGACAUGCAAAAGGUAUAAUGUGUUUGAUUUUUAUGGGAGUUUGAACACCUUACAAAAUGAGGUGAAUGAGAAUGAUCUUCACUGGCUUGACAAUAUUGCCAUUGCAAAAUGGGUACGGGCAUUUUUCCCUAAAGUACGUUUCAAUGUGAAAUUCAUUGGCAUUCCCGAUGUCGUCAAUUGGAUAAUGACAAACAAGCAUGAGUUACCAAUAACAACAAUCAUUCAAAUGGUCCAUGACUUCAUGCAAGGAGUGUAUGGUCAACGUGCUGCAUUCGGAAUUAAUUUCAAAUGGGAAUUUUAUGGUCUUCUGACCCCUUAUGCACCUAAGGUGCUUCAAAAAGGAUUUAUCAACUCCGAUGGUUGUAGGGUUAGGCAUAUUGUUGGCGACAUAUAUGAAGUGAGUAAGUAUUUAACCACCGAAUCCGUGCAAUUAGAUCGUGACAUUUGUACUUGCGGGAAAUGGCAAAAGUGUAGCAUACCUUGUCAUCACGCUAUAACAUCACUACAAAGGUUUGAAAUUGAAGAAAUCCAACUUAUGGUAAAUUAUAAGUUAACUACUGCGGUGUAUCAAAAUGCUUAUCAAACUGAGAUGGUGAAUCCUAUUCCAAACCUUAUGCAUUGGAAAAUAUCAGUUAAAAGUGUUGUUGUCUUACCUCCAUGA